AUGACUGCGUGUGGCUCUGCCGCGGAAUUGGCACAGCUCCGCACCGUGCAGCAGCUCCUUCACGCCUUUUCGGAGACGCCCUCCUGUGUGGUGCUCCUCAGCACCGCACUUGGGGAGAUGUUGGGCGUCCUCGCUCGUCAGCAGGCGUGCAUGAAUGAAAUACUCGUCUCUCUGCAGGCGACAAGGGAGGAGUGCAUGCGGGAACUCUCGGCAGUUUCACAGAACCUCGCCGAUGUUCUGCACGACACCAUUAACCGCACUGCAGCUGCCAUGAGCGAGGUACGGGAAAAAAUAUCCAGGCAACAUUGCACGUAUGGCACUGUCUUCUUUUCUAAAGAAAACCGUAUUGAAUUAAAAAAAGAGAUUGUGGAUCUACGGCAAUUGGUACAGGAACGCCUGCAUCGGCAAAACUCUUCAGAGGCAGAGAGGAAAGAACGGAACAGUGCGAUCGAUGCUGAACUUGCCGCUACAAGGGUGGAGCUACGGGAUCUCAGUGCUCAACAGCAUCUUUUACUGGAACUGCUUGACCUGCGCAAAACGUUGCUUUACCAUGGAUACACAGGGGAUUCGGCUGCUGACGUGCGCCAAAUUCGCCUACUUGACACUGUCGCAAGGGUGAAGCUGGUGCACCAACUACCGUGCUUUCACGUGCUGACGACAGCUUUAGCGUUAUCUGAUGGCGGCCACAGCCACCGCCAUCCCGGUGGUGUGAAAGGAUGA